AUGGCAGGAUUCUCCUCGGGGAGCAGAUCCGGUGGCGUUUCCUGUGUUUGUAAACUCAAAGAAAUUGGAACUCGGGCGACGAACCACGACAGACGAGGAAAAUUUAAGGUAAAUAACAGCGUUUGAAUAUCACCAAUGUUUUGAUGUGUUGUAUGUUUAGUCGUGUAUCAGACGAUAUUUUCGAAAUUCUGCCUCCGUCUCUAAGCAAAAAAUAAGUGACACGACUUGUGUUAGCGUAGACAACAGGGGAGGGGGAGAACGGUAGCUAACUACAGGACGCAUCAACCAUCAGGUAUUUAUCGCUAAGUCUUGCUGCAACUGCUGUCUUGUUCCUCGUUGGAUUGCAAUCCUCGAACUGUUGUUUUAUCUAACUAGCUGUAUUUAUCCGGAUCUAAUCACAUCGAAAUUGCCUAGCGAUAUCAUAUUUCGAUUUGUAGAUGGAUGGCAACUGAAGUUUGUACAAUUUGAUGUGCGUGGAGGCCACGUUAGCGUCGUUGUUACGUUAGCCCGAAACAGCUAGCUCGUAUUCGCUCGAUGUUUUGUUUCCGUGAGUUAUGAGGAAAUACUUUCAAUUUUUGGGUUAGUCAUUUAAAUAUAACUUCAAGUACUAUUUCUACCGUGGCAGUUAACUAGCAAACGUAAAUGUUGUUCACACUACUUGAUGGUCAAUAACCUUGCCACGCUAACGUUACCUAGCUAGCUGCUGCCAGGGAAAAUAGCUAGUUAACUUUACUAUUUGUAAUCAGCUGCUAGUGUAUCAAAAGGUUGCUGGUGCAGUAGGUCCGGUGUGGUUCAGUUGGUAGAGCAUCUGCGAAAUGACAAAUAUAUAUGUAGUGUUAGCAAUGGUUGAUACAAGAGAGUUUGAGGUUUUCCUUGGAUCAUUAGCUUGCCGGCUAUGUGGGUGCCAUUGGUUUCAUUUUUGUAAAAUGUUUUUCAGUUAUGUGCCUAUGGGGUCGUUCCAUAUGAUUAAAAUCACUUUCUGACUGCACCCCUUUUGAUUUGAUCAAAACCUUCCAUGCAUAUUUGCCCAUGGUAGAAGUGGUCAGAAAGUGACUUAUUGUACCUGAAUGACAAAACAUUCAGGAGAUUUGAGGUGCUUAAAUGUCCAAUGCAGGCGUUUUUGUCUCAAUAUAACAUAUUUUUUGGGUAAAGAUUAAGUACUUUACUGUGAUUGUCUUCAAUUAAAAUGGUCAAAAAGAAAAAUAGCUUCUUAGCAAAGAGCAAUUUCUAAAGCAAUAAUUUUGCUAAGGCUGUCUGAGUGGGGAGGGGAAAAUGAAAACGAGCUGUUAUUGGCAGAGAGGGUUGGAACUCUUUCACCAGGCAUGCCAAAACUCCAUCCCACCGAAAUUUCAGGCAGACUUUUUAAACAGCUCUUGCACUAAAGGGGCAUUAUUAUCAUGUUCACAGUAUUAUUCCAACCUCAGUGUGGAAAUAUGUAGACUGGUUGGCUGACAACAUCACGACAAUGAUGUGCACACUUCGAUGUGGCCAGUGUGUUAUGAUUCUAAAUGGUCAGAUAGCUAGCAACAAUGACAAGAAGCUGCCUUGUGGGGAAUCGUAUGUGGCUCGUUUCAGCUCAUUGUAUAUUUAAGCAAUAAGGCCUGAGGGGGUGUGGUAUAUGACCAAUAUACCACGGCUAAGGGUUGUUCUUAUGCACUAAGCAACGCUAUUUAUAAACUGGGUGGUUCGAGCCCUGAAUGCUGAUUGGCUGACAGCCGUGGUAUAUCAUACCGUAUACAACAGGUAUGACAAAAUAUAUUUUAAAUAUAUAAUUACAUCGGUAACCAGUUUAUAAUAAGAAUAAGCCACCUCGUGGUUUGUGGUAUAUGGCCAAUAUACCACGGCUAAGGGCUGUAUCCAGGCACUCUACGUUGCGUGCAUAAGAACAGCCCUUAGCCGUGGUAUAUAAACGCAACAUGCAACAAUUUCAAAGAUUUUACAUCAGAAUGUUGACUUGAGUGGGAAUAUCCAUUGUUAUAAAUUAAACUGUAUCUUUCAUAGGAAACCUAUUGAAAUUAUUUAAAUGUCAAUGGUGCAUCAGCUAAAUUUCAGGGGUCUGAAGGGAUAGGUCCAGUCUAGGAAUUAAUUUCUAUGUUUGAAAUGACACCCACCCUGUAUUCAAGAGUAUGCUGUCUCAACCGAUGACAGGCACAACACAAACACUUUAGAUAGGGUCUAAGCUACAACAUUUGUGAAAAUGAGAAAUGUAAUAAAGCUUAAAUUAUAGACAUUUUGUUUCUUCAAGAAAUCAAAGAAUAGUUUGACAACCCUGUUUGUAAGCUUUCAAAUUAUAUAAAACUCAACUGUUUAUCGUUUUCCGUGAUGAAGACAUGGACGUCCCAUGGUAGGAUAGGGUAUGCAAAAUAGGUCGACUUUGAGCACCUCUAUCUCCUCAAUGUUUUGGCAUUCAGGUCCAAAAAGUCACUUUCUGACAACUAUUUCCACCAUGGGUAAACAUGUAUGAAAGGUUUCGCCCAAAUCAAAAGGGGUGCAGUCAGAAAGUGAUUAAAAUCAUAUGGAGCAACCCUAUUCUCAAACCUGUUUGCUUGCUAACUUGCAGUAUCAGCCCUUUCUUUGUCCCAAAUUCAUGGUAUAUUGUGGUCACCCCUUUCAACAGCUAGCUAACAUUAGCAAUGUUAAUGUACACAAUUGGUAUUGGAAUUGGGUACCUGAAUUGCUUGACCAUCCCAUUAUGGGUAUUAGCUAGCUAGAUGUGUUGUGUUGGUGUGACACUUGAGCGUCUCUUUCAAAAUCUUAAUUCAUAGCCAAGUGACCAAAUGGGUAUCCUAUGAAGCAGUUUUGAGGAGUUAGCGAGGUAACUUUGGUAAACUCUUGAGUUAAACUCGGGAUAACCGGUCAUAUGAAAGUGGCUCACCUUUUAGUCAGGUACAUUUCUAUGGCAACGAAUCCUUCAGAACUAACCUGCUCCGGGCAGGCUAACUCACUGCUAACUCCACUUACUGAAGUGACUGAGCCACGAGUUGAGUACCAUGAAAUCAGAUUCCCUCCCUCUUGCAAAUAUUGUCAUCACCCCCUUCAUUUGAGGAAGACAACUGAUUUGAAAUAUUUUAUUAACCAAAUGUUUGUGUACAUUUUUUUUUAGUAAUGUUAAUCACAUGAUCACAGAAUCACAGAAUGCAUUUUAAACUUCACGCACAGUAACUGUUUUGUAUGACUAUUAUUUUGUCGAUAGGAGUGGGAAGAAAGGGGGCUUGUGGUUGUGCAUUGAUAAGCACACAAGUCGGCAUUUAACGAUAAGUAAAAAAAAUAAGACAGCACUUCUAAAAGCCUAUUUCACGCCAUAGCCUGCUGAAUUUGCAAGGUAACUUUUCAUUUUGAUUUCGGCACAAAUUAAAUUGUGGCACUGACUCGCCCAUGGAUUGAUGUUUCAGCGUUGUCUCAAUUAAGAGUUUGGGGUUCGACAAGCCAAGUGCGACAUGCACGCGCAGUUACAAGCCUGCUACAGUUAGCGGUAGGCGGACAAGUGAUAUCCACCGUCGUAAUACGGAUGAAGUAUGAGAUGGAAUGUGAUGCUAACUGAAGCUGGUUAGCUUUAGAAAACCCUGAGUAGAUCUAGCUUUAUUUGUAGGAUACCCCUUUGGUGAAAAAGGCAAACAAGGAGUUAACCAAAGGACCUUCUACAGUUAUUAUGGUGAUGUUUAUUUUUGAGUAAUUGGGUUUUGUGUGAUUUGGAGUAGUUACAAUUUGAUUAACUGGUUUUAGCGCAAAAAAAUAAUUUCAGUAUUAUUGAAUGUGUUUUCAUGUUUUGUCCACAUCGUCCUCUUCCUCAGUUUUAGUGCUAGAUGAGUGAGGUGGGUGUGGCCUCCCGUCAGACUGACCAUCCUGAUUGACGGAUUCCUGGAUGACCUUGUCCCCGCCCCUGUCCCCGCCCUCACAUAUACCGUUCCCACUGCAAUGUCACACCUGCCCAGCAGCUCAGUCCGCGACCAUAUGAAAUGGGUUUGUUUUCCAAAAAAAUAUAUAAUGAUAAAAUGGCUACAAACAACAUGCCUACAAUUAGGCUACAUUAUCUUUUGUCACUCAGGAUGUUGUCGUCAUCAAAUGUUAUUUAAAAAAAUAUUUGACAUCUGUUUUAUCAUUGGGCUUCAUACCGUUUCUGGUGUAACUAACUCGGCCUCUGGCAGUCUUGAGUUUUUGUUUUCUCCUUUGUUUAGCUCCUCUCUACACCCAUACUGGUUCUAUUUAUACAGUGAGCUCCAAAAGUAUUGGAACCGUGUUGUUUUGGCUCUGUACUCCAACACUUGGGAUUUUAAAGGAUACAUUGACUGAGGUUAAAGUGCAGACUGUCAGCUUUAAUCUAAGGGUAUUUUUUGUACGUAGUCCCCCAUUUUAGGGGACCAAAAGUAUUGGGACAAAUUCACUUAUGUGUAUUGAAGUAGUCAAAAGAUUAGUAUUUGGUCCCAUAUUCCUAGCACUCAAUGAUUACAUCAAGCUUGUGACUCUAUAAACUUUUUGGAUGCAUUUGCUGUUUGUUUUGUUUGUGUUUCAGAUUAUUUUGUUCCCAAUAGAAAUUAAUGAUAAUAAUGUAUUGUCAUUUGAGUCACUUUUAUUAUAAAUAAGAAUAUAAUGUUUCUAAAUACUUCUAUAUUAAUGUGGAUGCUACCAUGAUAACGGAUUGACCUCAAUGAAUCGUGAAUAAUGAUGAGUGAAAGUUAGACGCACAAAUAUCAUUCCCCCACCAAAAAUGAAAACCUCUGAUAUUGUUUUAAUGGUGAGAGGUUAGCAUGUCUUGGGGGUAUGAUAUUUGUGCGUUUAACUUUGGGACCAAAUACAAAACUUUUGCCUACGUUAUACACAAGUGAAUUUGUCCCAAUACUUAUGGUCCCCUAAAAUGGGGGGGGGGGCGACUAGGUACAAAAAGUGCUGUAAUUUCUAAACGGUUCACCCUAUAUAGAAGAAAAUGCCCUCAAAAUACAGCUGACAGUCUGCACUUUAACCUCAGUCAUUGUAUAAGUUCAAAUCCAAAGUGUUGGAGGGCUGAGCCAAAACAACAAAUGAGCUCACUGUAUAUUUUCUAAAUGUCUGAUAGUGGAUUUCCCUGACUCAGGCUCGGUUCUGUUCCCAGGCAGGGUUGCUUGGCUGUGAGGCUGUUCUCUCCAGUAUGGCCCUGAUGCAGGCCAGCUCCAUGGCCGGUCCGCCCAAGAAGAUGAUGGCGCCACUCGGCCAUGGACCACCGCCCCAGAGGGAUGGCCCAGACCGCGGUCCUCAGAGCCACAUGAUCCUGCCAUCUGGAAUGAGCUGUCCACCCCUGGUUAGGAGGCGCCGGGGCAAUGCAGAGGGGGAGGAGGGGUUUAUUAUUGUCACCUGCUGAAAGAACAACAAAUGAGAAAUUGACAUAUUUCGCAUUGGAUAGGUCUCAGCAGUAACUUGCAUUUGUUAUGUAGGUCAAGCACUUGCCUAUUGUGGGCUGCUAAUAUAACUAAAUUAUAGUCUUCAGUAAUGAUUUAAAGAGGCUGCCAGAUAUGUACAUCAUUUGAGAAGUAGGCAUGAAGGGAGGUUACCUUCUGUAUUACUGUCUUUUGCCAAGGUUAUUUUUAUUUUUACUGUUUAUUAUUAGUUUUCCCAGCAUAAUCCUCCUGUAGCUCAGUUGGUAGAGCAUGGCGCUUGCAACGCCAGGGUUGUGGGUUCGAUUCCCACGGGGGGCCAGUAUGAAAAAUUUAUGCACUCACUAACUGUAUGUCGCUCUGGAUAAGAGCGUCUGCUAAAUGACUGAAUUGUAAAACAUUUAAAUGUAAUAAUCCUGUAAAGGAUUAGAAAAUAUCCUGUGCUUCACAUUUUAAUUUUUUCAUAUAUUUAGAAAACCUUAUCAAGGAAAUCAAGGAAUAUUUUCUUUCUCGUUUUGUUUCUGUUUUGAAAUGUGGGGCUAUCUGUACGGUAAUUCCUAUUUGUAAAUUUCAGGCUAUCAGGAGAAAAAAAAAGUAUGUUUUCUCCACCAGGCAGGCUUACGCAAAGCCCUCUCUCCCUCUUCUCUGUGCUCCUCAGCUUAUCCGGAAGGAGGGCGACUUCCACACCCCCCGCCUGCUGGACGAGAAGGAGAUGAGGGCCAACGAGGACAUGCAGCUGAAAAAGAAGAACAGGAAGUCAGGAACGCCCUGUAAAGUGAGAGAGCAAGACGGGAGGGGAGGGAAGGUCAGUGCCUCUGAAUUUUAAACUCUUUCUGUGGACUCUUUCUGUGUUUCGGAGAGAUUGUGUUAUAAAAACAGACUGAAAGUGUGUUUGUGUGCACGUCUGUGGGCGUUUGGCUCUCUGUGUGCUUUUAUGUGUGUAAGACGUACUUUUUUGUCUCUAGCUGAGUUGGUGCCUUUGAGUGCACAUAUUUUGUUUGUGUGGGGGGAGGAGUGCAUAGGAGAUGUAGAGGGGGUGGGGUUCUCUGGAGAGGAAAGAGGGGGAAGGGGAACACUAACUGUUAUUGUGUGGGAAAGGGGGAGCAGUAACAUAUGGGGGGUGGGAGGGAUUAACCCUUCUCUAGGUUUUGGGUACUAAGUCAUUUAAAUGGCCAAAAUGGUCCAAUUUUUUACAUUUUUACAAGGAGCUAGAAAUAAUAUAUUACCCUUUUAACCAGGACUAUUUGGCUGGAGUUUUUUUUACUAGCAUUUUGGUCAGCACUAGCGUUUCUCAUACUGAAUAAAACCAAUGUAUCAUAUGUUUCCUUCUAUACAAAAGUGAGGGCAUACUUGUAGUGAUGAUUUAGUAGAUGUAUAUCUUUGAGUUUUGUCUGUGGUGUAUUUAGGCCUACAAUUUUUUGAUGAGCCUCUAUUCUAUCCUGCAUAGGUGGUUGUUGUGGAUGAGAAUGGUAACUGUCCAAUAUCUAAAGUGCAGAAAAACUUCAUCUGCAAUCACUGUUAUGGCGCAUUUAGGAGUGGAUAUCACCUGAAGAGACACAUCCUCAUUCAUACAGGUAUGUGUCAAGACCACAAUGGCCAGCUAACUUCUGGAGGUGCUCCAUUACCAGUUAGGGAGAUGUUUAAAAUGCCUAGCUAAUACAGUAAGACAAUACAUAAGGCCAACAGAAACACCAGUUUGGAUUAAGUGACUGGUGAUUUUAAGUUUAUGAGAUGGCCUCCUAAAACAGCCUGUCUAGUGUCAGAUUUUGAUUCACAGUUUUUGGUGUUGUCUGUGGGGACCUUUCACUAAAACUGGUACUCUUCGGUUUAGGGGAGAAGCCGUAUGCUUGUGGCAUAUGUGGCAUGAGGUUUAUUCAGCGUUACCACCUGGAGAGACACAGCCUGAUUCACACGGGUAUGCGUCCUCUUACCAUACCCAUCUCUAUCUAAACAGGCUACAUCUGUAGUGCUGCACCGGAACCCCAGUAUACAGGGCUUUCAGUGUUUAAAAAAAGUCAUUUGGACAGUAAUUUCCAGCAAAGCUCACAAUUCCUUUCACCUCAACUAUAUGAAGGAGAGGGGUUAUCAUCACAAAUGUUCAAAUUGGUCCCCCAACACCAGUAAGCUUACAAAUGAAAGGUCUACUUGGUACAAAUGUUUAUAGAUUGACCACAGGAGGUUACACAAAGGUCCCAGUUUUAGGACAAUGUUGCUUUAGCUAGGUGAAGGUGUUGCAAGUUACCAGUAGCUUUUUGUUUGCAGUAUGAGAUUUUGAAUAUAAUUUAAUGCAUGGACAUCAAGAAACUAUGAUUUUCUGAGAUAUUAAGUAAUAUUGGUAAGUAAACCAUUUUAAAGAGUGGCCUGUAGCCUCUCCUAAAUUGGAAAAGAAAACAAUGCUUUCCAAGUUUGCAUUUUUAUUUUGAAAUAAACUAUUUGCUUUAGAUUCUAGUCAUCUUGUUUGUCUUUUGUGGUACUUUCAAAAAUCGGAUCAUAAGCUAGGUUUUCAUCCAACUAGCGACAGAUUUUCAUUAGACUAUUCUAAAAUCUGCAUAAAAAGAAUAUGCACAUUUUCCCACCAGAGAUGUUUCCGUGUACCCAAUUUUUUUUUUUAAAGUUAAGUGUUUCGAUCGCAUUUUCAACUCUACUGAUGGUUUUCUCACAAAAAAAAGCAGUUAUAUAGCGAGUGUGCCCACUCUGGUAUUGGUACGUAGCAAUGUAUAGCCUACAUGAUGAUUAUGGAAAAAAGAGCAAGAUAAUUUGUAUUUGUCAAACGGCAGCUAAGAAUCGAUGAUCAUGUCACCAGAAUAAAACCCUCUAUUGGAAAGGAGCAUCAAGCUCAUCACCUUGCAUUUUCACCACCCUGUGAAGUUCAUCAUAACUUAUUUCAUCUUCAAGUUUUAAUGUCACAUGCACAAGUACAGUGAAAUGCCUAUCAAUAUGAUGGUUAUUAUAUCAAUGUUUGCACAUAAAAGCGUGUCCACUUACAUUUCUCGCAUAAUUCAUUUUACAGACACAAAAAUAUUUACGGAAACAUUUUCCAUCAGGCCUGUCAUGACAUUUAUGACUAUGUCCUUUACUUGCAUAAAAAGGUUGGAUGGAAACCUGGUUAGUGUCCAGUAUUGUGUGUGUUCUUCAUUUGGCCAUAUGUUUAUCCUUGUAAAUCUAACAAAUCUUACUCUAAUUUGAAUUGACAGUUAGAAAUUUGCAAUUGGUAUAAAAUAUUUGUUCAUUCUGUGCAGAUUGAAUAGCUAAUAUUUGUAUGCUCUGUGUGUGUAUAGGGGUGAAGCCGUACGCUUGUUCCAUGUGUGACAUGAGGUUUUUCCAGCGUUACCACCUGGAGAGACACAGCCUCACUCAUACGGGUAUGAGUCCUCUUUCCGUACCCAUCUCACAUAAAACAAGCGACCCAUUUUACUCCUGUUUGUCAUAGAGCAGCCUCUCAGUAGAAAUGUAUUGAGUGUAAAAUGAUAGAUGUCUUACCAUGACAGUCUGCCAGCCUCAGGAGCUCAGGACGAGACAAAUAUCUUUAUGCUAGGACAAAAACUGUGGCAUUCAUAUACACUACAUGGCCAAAAGUAUGUGGACACCCCUUCAAAUUAGAGGAUUCUGCUAUUUCAGACGCACACAUUGCUGACAGGUGUAUAAAAUCGAGCACACAGCCAUGCAAUCUCCAUAAACAAACAUUGGCAGUAGAAUGGUCCGUACUGGAGAGCUCAGUGACUUUCAAUGUGGCACCGUCAUAGGAUGCCACCUUUCCAACAAGUACGUUUGUCAAAUUUCUGCCCUACAAGAGCUGCCCUGGUCAACUGUAAGUGCUGUUAUUGUAAAGUGAAAACGUCUAGGUGGCUCAGCCGCAAAGUGGUAGGCAAUACAAGCUCACAGAACAAGACUGCGUAGUGCAAAAAUCGUCUGUCCUCGGUUGCAACACUCACUACCAAGUUCCAAACUGCCUCUGGAAGCAACGUCAGCACAAUAACUGUUCGUCGGAAGCUUCAUGAAAUGGGUUUCCAUGGCCGAGCAGCUGCACACAAGCCUAAGAUCACCAUGUGCAAUGCCAAGUGAAUCGCGCUUCACCAUCUGGCAGUCCAACAGACAAAUCUGAGUUUGGCGGAUGCCAGGAGAAUGCUACCUGCCCGACUGCAUAGUGCCAACUGUAAAGUUUCAAGGAUGAGGAUUAAUGGUCUGGGGCUGUUUUUCAUGGUUCGGGCUAGGCCCCUUAGUUCCAGUGAAGGGAAAUGUUAACGCUACAGCAUACAAUGACAUUCUAGACGAUUCUGUGCUUCCAACUUUGUGGCAACAGUAUGGGGGAAGGCCCUUUCCUGUUUCAGCAUGACAAUGCCCCCGUGCACAAAGUGAGGUCCAUACAGAGAUGGUUUGUCGAGAUCGGUGUGGAAGAACUUGACUGGCCUGCACAGAGCCCUGACCUUAACCCCUUCGAACACCUUUGGGAUUAAUUGGAACGCCGGCUGCGAGCCAGGCCUAAUCGCCCAACAUCAGUGCCCGAUCUCACUAAUGCUCUUGGGGUUGAAUGGAAGCAAGUCCCUGCACCAACAUCUAGUGGAAAGCCUUCACAGAAGGGUGGAGGCUGUUAUAGCAGCAAAGGGGGACCAACUCCAUAUUAAUACCCAUGAUUUUGGAAUUAGAUGUUCGAGUAGGUGUCCACAUGCUUUUGGUCAUGUAGUGUAGGUAGAAAUGCAGACAUACUAUAUAGUUAUAUGUAUUUGGCCAUUCUGACACUUAAAAUGUUUGAAACUAUUAGACUUACAGUGGGGAAAAAAAGUAUUUAGUCAACCACCAAUUGUGCAAGUUCUCCCACUUAAAAAGAUGAGGCCUGUAAUUUUCAUCAUAGGUACACGUCAACUAUGACAGACAAAUUGAGGGAAAAAAAUCCAGAAAAUCACAUUGUAGGAUUUUGUUAUGAAUUUAUUUGCAAAUUAUGUUGGAAAAUAAGUAUUUGGUCACCUACAAACAAGCAAGAUUUCUGGCUCUCACAGACCUGUAACUUAUUCUUUAAGAGGCUCCUCUGUCCUCCACUCGUUACCUGUAUUAAUGGCACCUGUUUGAACUUGUUAUCAGUAUAAAAGACACCUGUCCACAACCUCAAACAGUCACACUCCAAACUCCACUAUGGCCAAGACCAAAGAGCUGUCAAAGGACACCAGAAACAAAAUUGUAGACCUGCACCAGGCUGGGAAGACUGAAUAUGCAAUAGGUAAGCAGCUUGGUUUGAAGAAAUCAACUGUGGGAGCAAUUAUUAGGAAAUGGAAGACAUACAAGACCACUGAUAAUCUCCCUCGAUCUGGGGCUCCUCGCAAGAUCUCACCCCGUGGGGUCAUAAUGAUCACAAGAACGGUGAGCAAAAUCCCAGAACCACACGGGGGGACCUAGUGAAUGACCUGCAGAGAGCUGGGACCAAAGUAACAAAGCCUACCAUCAGUAACACACUACGCUGCCAGGGACUCAAAUCCUGCAGUGCCAGACGUGUCCCCCUGCUUAAGCCAGUACAUGUCCAGGCCCGUCUGAAGUUUGCUAGAGUGCAUUUGGAUGAUCCAGAAGAGGAUUGGGAGAAUGUCAUAUGGUCAGAUGAAACCAAAAUAUAACUUUUUGGUAAAAACUCAACUCGUCGUGUUUGGAGGACAAAGAAUGCUGAGUUGCAUCCAAAGAACACCAUACCUACUGUGAAGCAUGGGGGUGGAAACAUCAUGCUUUGGGGCUGUUUUUCUGCAAAUGGACCAGGACGACUGAUCCGUGUAAAGGAAAGAAUGAAUGGGGCCAUGUAUCGUGAGAUUUUGAGUGAAAACCUCCUUCCAUCAGCAAGGGCAUUGAAGAUGAAACGUGGCUGGGUCUUUCAGCAUGACAAUGAUCCCAAACACACCACCCGGGCAACGAAGGAGUGGCUUCGUAAGAAGCAGUUCAGGGUCCUGGAGUGGCCUAGCCAGUCUCCAGAUCUCAACCCCAUAGAAAAUCUUUGGAGGGAGUUGAAAGUCCUUGUUGCCCAGCGACAGCCCCAAAACAUCACUGCUCUAGAGGAGAUCUGCAUGGAGGAAUCGGCCAAAAUACCAGCAACAGUGUGUGAAAACCUUUUGAAGACUUACAGAAAAUGUUUGACCUGUGUCAUUGCCAACAAAGGGUAUAUAACAAAGUAUUGAGAAACUUUUGUUAUUGACCAAAUACUUAUUUUCCACCAUAAUUUGCAAAUAAAUUCAUAAAAAUCCUACAAUGUGAUUUUCUGGAUUUUAUUUUCUCAUUUUGUCUGUCAUAAUUGACGUGCACCUAUGAUGAAAAUUACAGGCCUCUCUCAUCUUUUUAAGUGGGAGAACUUGCACAAUUGGUGGCUGACUAAAUACUUUUUUCCCCCACUGUAUGUGGCAAAAGUCUGGUCUCACUCUCUCGAUGUCCAAGCCUUGCACAUGAUUUACUGGUAGUUGUUCAUGGCUAGGUAGCUCAAAUGUAAUUGAUAAUGGCUUGAAGUUGGUACAGAUUGUUACUGAUGAUUAUUUUCUGAGUUUUGUAGAUAAAAACAAGUUCCUAGCCAAAUAACUUAUUUUGUGAGUUAACUUCCUCUUUUUUUUUUUAUAGCUAACGUUUCUGUGGUAGAAUCUUGACGUUUGUUGCUAUUGAGCUUUUGCUUGUGUUAAUUGAACUUGAUUGGGCAUUAAACAUUUAGUUUUAACCUUAAAUGCAUGUUGGAGUGUUUGUCUCCAAAGGUUAAGACAUAAUCGGGAAGUAAUUGCUCACUAUUGCAACAAACAUUACACCUCUAGUAGUAGAACUAAUCAGUCCUUACGUUUUAGUGAAAUGUAUUGAUGUAGUUUGGGACUUGGGAAUUGGUGUGUGUGUUCUACUUUAUAUAAUAGGAUCACUAGCUAAUAUAUUGAUACUCUGUGUGUGUAUAGGGGUGAAGCCGUACGCAUGCAACAUGUGUGACAUGAGAUUCUUCCAGCGUUACCACCUGGCGAGACACAGCCUCACUCAUACGGGUAGGCCCCCCCUCACCAUAGCCCUCAUAUAGAAUAGCAUUGUAGUGGUAACCAGGUUUCCCCAAUGAAGUGAAUUAACAUACAGUGGGGAGAACAAGUAUUUGAUACACUGCUGAUUUUGCAGGUUUUCCUACUUACAAAGCAUGUAGAGGUCUGUCAUUUUUAUCAUAUGUACACUUCAACUGUGAGAGACGGAAUCUAAAACAAAAAUCCAGAAAAUCACAUUGUAUGAUUUUUAAGUAAUUAAUUUGCAUUUUAUUGCAUGACAAAAGUAUUUGAUCACCUACCAACCACUAAGAAGUCCGGCUCUCACAGACCUGUUAGUUUUUCUUUAAGAAGCCCUCCUGUUCUCCACUCAUUACCUGUAUUAACUGCACCUGUUUGAACUCGUUACCUGUAUAAAAGACACCUGUCCACACACAAACAGACUCCAACCUCUCCACAAUGGCCAAGACCAGAGAGCUGUGUAAUGACAUCAGGGAUACAAUUGUAGACCUGCACAAGGCUGGGAUUGGCUACAGGACAAUAGGCAAGCAGCUUGGUGAGAAGGCAACAACUGUUGGCGCAAUUAUUAGAAAAUGGAAGAAGUUCAAGAUGACGGUCAAUCACCCUCGGUCUGGGGCUCCAUGCAAGAUCUCACCUCGUGGGGCAUCAAUGAUCAUGAGGAAGGUGAGGGAUCAGCCCAGAACUACACGGCAGGACCUGGUCAAUGACCUGAAGAGAGCUGGGACCACAGUUUCAAAGAAAACCAUUAGUAACACACUACGCUGUCAUGGAUUAAAAUCCUGCAGCGCACGCAAGGUCCCCCUGCUCAAGCCAGCGCAUGUCCAGGCCCGUCUGAAGUUUGCCAAUGACCAUCUGGAUGAUCCAGAGGAGGAAUAGGAGAAGGUCAUGUGGUCUGAUGAGACAAAAAUAGAGCUUUUUGGUCUAAACUCCACUCGCCGUGUUUGGAGGAAGAAGAAGGAUGAGUACAACCCCAAGAACACCAUCCCAACCGUGAAGCAUGGAGGUGGAAUCAUCAUUCUUUAGGGAUGCUUUUCUGCAAAGGGGACAGGACGACUGCACCGUAUUGAGGGGAGGAUGGAUGUGGCCAUGUAUCGCGAGAUCUUGGCCAACAACCUCCUUCCCUCAUUAAGAGCAUUGAAGAUGGGUUGUGGCUGGGUCUUCCAGCAUGACAACGACCUGAAACACACAGCCAGGGCAACUAAGGAGUGGCUCCGUAAGAAGCAUCUUAAGGUCCUGGAGUGACCUAGCCAGUCUCCAGGCCUGACCCAAAUAGAAAAUCUUUGGAGGGAGCUGAAGGUCCGUAUUGCCCAGCGACAGCCCCGAAACCUGAAGGAUCUGGAGAAGGUCUGUUUGGAGGAGUGGGCCAAAAUCCCUGCUGCAGUGUGUGCAAACCUGGUCAAGACCUACAGGAAACAUAUGAUCUCUGUAAUUGCAAACAAAGGUUUCUGUACCAAAUAAUAAGUUCUGCUUUUCUGAUGUAUCAAAUACUUAUGUCAUGCAAUAAAAUGCAAAUUAAUUACUUAAAAAUCAUACAAUGUGAUUUUCUGGAUUUUUGUUUUAGAUUCCGCCUCUCACAGUUGAAGUGUACCUAUGAUAAAAAUUACAGACCUCUACAUGCUUUGUAAGUAGGAAAACCUGCAAAAUCGGCAGUGUAUCAAAUACUUGUUCUCCCCACUGUACAUGACCAACUCGAGUUUGGGUAUAAUUUUUUUAUCUUGGUAAUCUCAGGCGCUUUGUACAAUGCUUCACAAUUUUAAAUCAAUCUGCAUGUAUUUUCCUAAUUUUAUCAUUAAGUAUCUUCAGAUAGAGUUCUGUAGCUGAAGGCCAUUAUCAUACUAGAAAAGUAUAUUAGCCUACAAGGCUUGACAUCAUAGUGACAACUUGGUGGAUAUUUUAAAACCAAGACAUUGGUGGCUAGCUACAAUAUUUAUGUUCUGUGUGUGUAUAGGGGUGAAGCCAUACGCUUGCAACAUGUGUGACAUGAGAUUCUUCCAGCGUUACCACCUGGCAAGACACAGCCUCACUCAUACGGGUAUGGGUCUGCACACCGUACCCUUUUUUACAAUGGCCUAUAAACACUGAUGCUGCACUUAAGCACCAAUACACAGGUUCCUUAAGUUCUUGUGUAGACUGGCGUGUGGUGAGAGUGUAUUAAUUAGCUAUAUUUCUAUACUCAAACGACUGAGGUAUGCUGGUGAUUUUGUUUUGAAUGUAUAUCAACUGUGUUGAAUAAUGUUAUGUCUCAGUGCAAGUUUGCAUGGCUAUUGUGACGUUUAAUUUCCGCCAUUGUUCUGGCAUGUCUGCCUUUAUUCGAUGAGUGUGUAAAGGACUCUAGUUUAUCAAAGGGCAAGAUGCAGGCUUUUCUGAAGUUGGUGCUCUGUGUGUAUAGGUGUGAAGCCAUACGCUUGCUCCAUGUGUGAUCAGAGAUUCUUCCAGCGUUACCACCUGGCGAGACACAGCCUCAAACAUACGGGUAUGGGUCCGCUCACCAUACCCAUCUCACAUAUGUUGGCUACACCAGGUACACAGAGAGGGUAUUUAAGUCCCACCAGUGAAAUAAUAAUCUUAACUAAGAACAUGCAUGAUCAUGAUUCUUGAGUUUGGAUUGUUGAACAUUUGCAAAUAAUUAAAUAUUGCAGAUAGAGACCAAUAAGUUAUUUUUAUAGGAACAGCUUGUUCUUUUGCAACAUUUAGGGCAGGUUGCACCGCUGCCACUUUAAAACCUCAAUUAUCUUUACUAGGCCACUGAGUUCCAACAUAAAAAAAAAUCCAUAUUUUGGUGUCUGGCACAGUACAAACCCAGUUAAUACAUGCAUGAUGUUCUUAAAACAAGCCUUUAUAUAUUCACAUGACUGGUGCAGGUGCUCUCUUGGUGUAGAUUUAUUCUAAAGUUUGGCGCUUUGUGUGUGUAGGAGUGAAGCCGUACGCUUGCUCCAUGUGUGACAUGAGGUUCUUCCAGCGUUACCACCUGGCGAGACACGGCCUCACUCAUACGGGUAUGGGUCCGCUCACUUACCAUCUUACUCUCAGUACAUUUUUACUAGAGCUGCUUACGCAAAAUUAUUCAGAUGAAUAUAAAUGUUAAGCCCCCAAUGGCCCCAUGCAUUGUCAAAUGUUCAGACAUCUUGUUUGUAUGGUUAGGCUACUUUUUAGUACAGUUAGACAGACAAUUCAUUGUUGGAUGUCCUUGUUGGUAAUCCCAUCCCCUUCUCAAUCUCAGUGAUUUGGAAUUAAGAGGCUUUGUUGGAAACUACUGUCCACUAAAAAGAAAAAUCCCCAUGUUAUCAAAUAUUACAGAAUGAUGUGAUUAUGUAUUAAGAAUGUAUUGUUUCAUAAAAUAAAAAAUAUUUAUUUAUUUUUGGUCAGUGAUCUCUAACCAAGUUCCUGAUAUAAUUGACUAUUUGUAACAAGGGGAGAGAUUAUCACCAGAUGACAUCAUCAGUUAUGUUUUGUAACUUUAGAGACAAUCAUUGCAUGAUAUGGAGAAAUGUAUUCGCAAGUACUUAAGGUUAUGGACACUCUUUAUCAACGUAUGGUUUUUCAUUGUAAGUGAUUGUUUAUACUAUUGUUUAAAUUGUAAAGCAGGAAAUCGACCAUGUAAUUGUAUAGAAUAAAGAAUCAGGGAAUGCAUUUAAAAAAAAACUGCAACAGAAAGAUGGCUAAUAUUUGUAUGUUCUGUGUGUUUAGGAGUGAAGCCGUAUGCUUGUUCCAUGUGUGACAUGAGGUUUAUUCAGCGUUAUCAACUGGAGAGACACAGCCUCACUCAUACGGGUAUGUGUCCUCACUUUGAAUCCCUCCCUCUUGCUUCAAUCUGGCAUCGGAUGCCAUGCGUGAGCCCCACUGCAUUGUGGUUAAAUUAGUCCCCCAUGUCAUGUUGGGGUAUAAUGGAAUUAAAUUGAUCCAUAUGGCUGCAUCAAACUCGAGUUUGUGUUAAAGGCAUUUUAUUUAGAAAUUAGACUGCAUUUAUGCUUAGUCAUGUUUCCUUUCAGAACAGGUUUUCUUAGAGAAUGAUGUUGAAUAUUGUUCUACGUAGGUAAAAGAUUUCCAAGGUAACCAGUUUAGAGGACUAUGAUAGAUUCUCAUCCAACCCUCAAAUCAUUGCACAGCGUUAGUUAAUCAGCAUCAUAUCAUGUUUAGAAAUUAGGCUUGUUGGUGAAAUGAACUUAUUUUUAAUUAAGCCCCAGGUCCGAUUAAAAUCUUUAUACCCCCAUGUUGGAAUUGAGCUGGGGUCUGGCUAAGAGCCAAAACUUUAGGCUGGCUACAUUGGUCUUUCCAAAAAUGUCCUAUGGAAGCCAUCUUUGAUGUAGGGCUGGGCAGUAUACCGUAUUUUACUAUAUACCGGUAUUGAUGAACGGACCGGUUUGGGUUUUUACUUUACCUAAAAUAACGGUAUUUCAAAGUUUGGUUUGUUAAAUGUGAUGCGCAACUCCCAGCGCGUUUACUCUGUUUGCUACUUGAGUCGUCUUUCUCCCUCUCCUCCUGCUGCAUGCUGCUUUCCACACCAAGCCGUGCCCCCUGUCACUCGAGAGAACAGCUGCUCGACCACUGAGUCACAAGCACUUUCUUGCCAUUCUCUGCACUACAGUCUGCAUGGUCAAAUAGAUUAAACAAGAUGUUGGUGACAUGCUGCUUUCCACAAGUAUACUGUAAUUACACUUAUUCUGUGUAUCUUACUGUCUGCAAACUGUCUCCUAGUUUGUCUUUUUUUUAGCAAGUUGUGGCUAAAAUAAAUCUUGUUAGCCACUAAUACUAAUAUAGCUAGUUAGCUGGCUAGCUAGCAUGCUAAAUGUACUAAGAGUCAGUGCAAAUGUAGCAAUCUAAUACAGCCUGGUACCAGUGCUGGUACCAGGCUGUAUUAGGAGGAAAUAGGCGAAGCAAGAAUAUGUUGGCUAGCUACAUGAUUGAAGAAAACAACAUGUAAUAUCUAAUUAGGGUCACCUGGAAACACUGACUAGCACUUUGGUUCCUACCCUGUCAAUAAUUCCUCCCUUGUUUAUUCAUUCGUUUUCAUUUCAAACAACAAUGUAUUCAAGGUGCUGCCAACUAUAUUCUAACUAUAGAAUUAGAACAUGCAUUCUAUUUCCAUGAUUCCAACAGUUCACCAAUUAACUAGGCCUGUUUUUUUUGCACAUAUCAUGCAGCCCUGCGUGGCACAGUGUAGAAAUUAUAACAAAAGUGCAGAAAUUUUUCUUUUUGUUGGAUUGAAAAGUAUAAAACUAUCAGAAUAGCGAAAGCCCCAUUUGAAAUCAUGUAUGUGUUUUCACCCUAGGGUCAUGAACUAUACUGAACAAAAAUAUAAACGCAACAUACAACAAUUUUACUGAGUUACAGUUCAUAUAAGGAAAUCAGUAAAUUGAAAUAAAUUCAUUAGGCCUAAUCUAUGGAUUUCACAUUAAAUACUAUCCAGCUGUCCGGGUGGCUGGUCUUAGACGAUCCCGCAGGUAAAGAAGCCAGAUGUGGAGGUCCUGGGCUGGCGUGGUUACAUGUGGUCUGCAGUUGUGAGGCCGUUGGACGUACUGCCAAAUUCUGGUAGAGAAAUUAACAUUGAAUUCUCUGGUGGACAUUCCUGCAGUCAGCAUGCCAAUUGCACGCUCCCUCAAAUCUUGAGACGUCUGUGUUGCGACAACUGCACAUUUUAGAGUGGCCUUUUAUUGUCCCCAGCACAAGGUGCCCCUGUGUGAUUAUGCUGUUUAAUCAGCUUCUUGAUAUGCCACACCUGUCAGGUGGAUUGAUUAUCUUGGCAAAUGAGAAAUACUCACUAACAGUGAUGUAAACAAAUUUGUGCAUAACAUUUGAGAGAAAUAAGCUUUUUGUACAUAUGGAACAUUUCUGGGAUCUUUUAUUUCAGCUCAUGAAACAUGGGACCAACACUUUACAUGUUGUGUUUUCUAUUUUUGUUCAGUGUAGGUACUCAUAAAAUAUAUUUUUAGAAUUGUUACUAUUCAAAACUUAAAAUACCGGCAUACCGUCAAAUUUGAAAAAUAUCAUAUAUUUUGGCCAUACCUACUUUGAUGGAGUUCAGGAUUGUAGCAGGAGAAUCAGACAGCUUCAGGAGUUUAUGAUGUCACAAUAGCAUGGCAAAAAUCACAUGGUUGUGUCAAUGUAUUUUAUGUUUAAAUAUGUACCAACUGCCUAAAAUUUUCACAUCUAAUGUUCAUAUGAACAGCAUGACGUGAAGUCAUGUGUCCACCAGCCUUUUCACCCAAAAUUCUAACCUGACUCGGAAAUUGCAAUUGUUAUUAGGUAAACCAUUGGCAGCGCGAAGCCACGCUUAGGCUACAACAGUGGUUUUGCGGUGUAUUAUGGCAGUGUAUUAAGGCACUACCUUUCUUAGCAUUACCCUUUGAACAUAGAAACGGCCCAAUAUGGCCUACUCAUUGGGCGCUGAACUCGUGUCCCAAUUGGAUUAGUAGAUUGCACUUUUUUGACCAACCACUGUAACAAUAUGUUCUGUCAAAGAAAAUUGUCUGGUGAACAAGACCAAAACUUUGCUAAGCUUAUUUAGCUAAAGUUAAGAUCGAUCAUUUUUGGCAGUUGACCUUUCUUACACUAAAGUUCGUGCUCUUUGUGUAUAGGGGUGAAGCCAUUUGGUUGCACCAUGUGUGACAAGAGGUUCUUCCAGCGCUACCACCUGGCAAGACACAGCCUCACUCAUAUGGGUAUGCACCUGCUCACUGUAUCCCUGUAAUUCAACCAUAGUUUACAGGGUUGGCAGGAUAUAUGCACCAAAAAAGAUAUGCACACAUUUUUUUGCAGGUUUGAUAUCCAUAAAAGUCCAUAAUUUAAUUUCCCUUAAGGAUGAGAAGGGUUAGUUUUGCCACCAGGUGACAUCAUCAGCUCAUGUGAUGUGUUGUGGACAAAAGCUUUGAAUAACACAUCUAAAAAUAUCUCACUUCAUUGGGGGAAACAUUUUAAAGAUGUUUGUUAAUCCCCAGUACAUAAUGGCAAGUAUAGUGGUUAACUACCAAUGAAUUUAACGUCCAAGUAUAUUCAUACCUAAAAUUCGAGGCACUGAAAUGAUGUAUUGAUGCUCUGUGGGUUUAGGUGUGAAACCUUACGCUUGCACCCUGUGUAACAUGAGGUUUGUUCAGCGCUACCACCUGACAAGACACAGCCUCAAACAUACGGGUACAGUCCGCUCACCGUACCCAUCACACAUAUACAAGCUAGUAAAGGAUGUUAGUAAAAAUGUCACAGGCACACGUUCAGUAUGUAAGACUUUGCAAAAAUAUUUGAUUUGAUCCGUUAUUUAUGAUAAAUUAGUACACUAUUUAAUUUUCUUGACACAUUGCAGUAGUGAUGACUAAAGACUGGCAUUUCUAUAAAUAAUGAUUGUGAUUUGCAGUCCUUUACAAGUUAACGCCUUUGAUGAAUUACAAACUGUAAUAUUGCAUCAUUGCUGUUGUACUUUCGAAGUUCCCAGUAGCACUAGGUCAUAAACACCAACUAAAACCACUUUCUUUUCACAACUUUGUAAAUUGAGCACUUUAAGAAAGCCUUGCACUACCACCAGAUAAUAUAAUCAGUUAAUCUAAUGUGUUGUAUCAUGAAGUGCAAUUCAUCCAAUUGCAAUUUCCUACAUUCUGAAGUCUGUGGAUGGACGCCUUGUAAAUUGUGGUUCAUCAUAAACAAAUUGUUUCAUUGGCUAAUCCUAAAUUUGCACGCCAUACCAACACCUUUUUUGAUUAACCCCAAAAACCGCAAGCUAUUGAGUUGGUAGUGUAAUCAGAUUCUUCAGGAUGAAUAGCAAGGAAGUCAUCGCAUGGAUAGACAUCAGGGUUUUAUAAGCUAUCAAUUUAUUAUAAAUGUGUAUAUACCUGAACUUAAUAUUGGAACACUUCAAUUGAUGGAGAGUGCGGCAUAAAAAUAAUGAUGUUCUAUGUGUGUAUAGGGGUGAAGCCGUACGCUUGCACCAUGUGUGACAAGAGGUUUUUCCAGAGAGACCACCUGCGGAGACACAACGUCACUCAUAUGGGUAUGGGUCCGUUCACCGUACCCAUGUCAUUAUUCCACACCUGAACCCUAGUAUACAGGUUUGGAAGGGUUUAGCCUAUAUGCUAGCUACUGCGCGAAUCAAGGAUGGCCAAGAAAAUGUGUUUAUGAUGAAAUACGAUUUUAGAUGGUUGGAUAAAUCAUAGUUGUAGAGAUGUUUUUAAGGGGUGCUACCAUCUGAACUUCCAAUCCUGCUGUUUUGAAGUGAGCAUGUUGAUAAGAAUGUUGCGCUGUUGAUAACAAUUGUUGAUGGUACUGAAUGUGGUGUAGUUUAUGGUAUUAGAUCAUGAACUUCUCAUCAUCCAAGUGCAAUUUCUUACAUUCUCAGCUCUGUGGAUGGACGCCUUGUAAAAUUGUCUCAUCCUAAUCUAAUUAUGUUUUAUUGGCCAUCCUUAAUUAGCGCACUUUACUAACACCUUUUUGAUAGACCCCAACAACGCAAGCUAUUGUGGUAGUGAAAUUGGUUUCUUCAGGGUGAAUACCCUGGAAGUUACGGUGUGUUCGAGUGCUGUUGGAAAUCCAAAAAUAUGAGGUCCAGACUCUGAAAUAACCACUUGAACGACCCUCCAAAUUGUUACAAGAGUUGGGAAACUUGGGCCUGAAAUGUUAGUUGCGACAGAUCACUGACAUUAAACUUUUAGACCAAAAUAUGGUAAAACAAAGCCGUUUACAAUGUAGCUAGGUUGACCCAUGCAGUGUGGUUUGACACAUUGUCAAUGUAAGCAAGCUAGCAACAUUGGUUCUUCGCCAUCAAGCUUAAAUCUCAUUGGUUGAAGAAUUGUUGUGAGUGCCGACUUCAAAAGCACUUGAACGCACUCAUGUCAUAACGACGACUUCACCAACUGGGAAAUACGAGAUUCUGAGGACCAUUCGAACACACCACCAUCAGUGGUUUAUCAAAAUCAAUUUAAUAUAAAUGUAUAUGCCUAAACUUAAUUUUGGAAGACCUCAUUCGAUGGAGAGUGAGACUUAAAAACGUUUGUAUUUUCUGUGUGUACAGCGGUGAAGCCGUUCGCUUGCACCAUGUGUGACAAGAGGUUUUUUCAGCGCCACCACCUGCGGAGACACAGCAUCACUCAUAUGGGUAUGGGUCCGCUCACCGUACCCAUGUCUUUAAGAUCAGGCUAAACCUGAACCCGAGUAUACAGAGUUGGCAAGGUUUAAAUGCUUUAACUCCAAUAAUAUUGAGCAAGUGUUACCAUAAUUGGUGUUCUUGCAUCUCAAAGAAACACCUUUAAAAACACUCAAUCCUUUUCUUGAAAUUAGCAUGUUGAUAACAAUAACACAGCUAGGUACAUAUUGUUUAUCGUACUGUAUUUGGUAUUAAGUUAAUGGUAAAUGAUCACAAACUUGUCGUCAUCCAAGUACAAUUUCUUACAUUCUACAUUUUAUUGGCCACCCUUAAUUCGUGCAUCUUGUCAACACCUUUUUUGAUUAAAAAAACCCAAAACCGCAUGCUAUUGAGGUGGUGGAGUAUUUAGAUUCCGCAGGGUGAAUACCCUGAAGGUUAUUGACAUCAGUGAUUUUUAUAAGAAAUCAAUGUAGUAUAAAUGUAUAUGCCUGAACUUAAUAUUGGAAGACUUCAAUCGAUACAGUGAGACAGAAAAAUAAUAUGAUGUUCUGUGUGUGUAUAGGGGUGAAGCCGUAUGCUUGCACCAUGUGUGACAAGAGGUUUUUUGAGCGCCACCGCCUGCGGAGACACAGCAUCACACAUAUGGGUAUGGGUCCGUUCACCGUACCCACAUCAUUAAGAUCAGGCUACACCUGUACCCUGGUAUACAUAUUCUCAAAGCACCAGACCCCCCCCUCCCCCCAAAACUCAGAAAUCUGGUAUAUACCUGAACUUAAUAUUGGAACACUUCAAUCAAUGGAGAGUGCGGCAUUCAAAUAAUGAUGUUCUGUGUGUAUAGGGGUGAAGCCGUUCGCUUGCACCAUGUGUGACAAGAGGUUUUUUCAGCGCCACCACCUGCGGAGACACAGCAUCACUCAUAUGGGUAUGGGUCCGUUCACCGUACCCAUGUCAUUUAAGAUCAGGCUACACCUGAAUCCUAGUAUACUGGGUUGGCUGGAUUUAUAUGCUAGUCGUACACAAAGAAAUGUAUAGAUAAGAUAUAUUGUUUGCGGAUAGGUUGGAUAUGAAAACACCAUUUCCCAUAAUUUUUUAUAGACAGCAGUGACUUUUAAACAAUUGAGUUAAACUGAAUACACAUAAUAUUUGAAGACUUCAGUGGAUAAAUUCUGAGAACCUUAGUAAUGUAUUGUUCUGUGUGUAUAGGGGUGAAGCCGUUCGCUUGCACCAUGUGUGACAAGAGGUUUUUUCAGCGCCACCACCUGGCGAGACACAGCGUCACUCACAUGGGUAUGUCAUUAAGGCUAUUGGUGAAAUGUUUGCAUGUUAGGUUUGAUAUCCAAAACGUCCAUAAUUCAAUUUCCCCUAAGGACGAGAAGGGCUUGUAUUACUACCAGAUGAUGUCAUCAGCUCAUGUGAUGUGUUUUGUUAUUUUGGGAAAAACAACUACACCGACUGUUCGAUAACUCGCACCUCAAUAGCAUGCAGAUUCGGAUCUCUUCCAAAUUGUCUUGUAUUUUCAACCCGAGACUAUUUAAAUUGAGCAAGUGUUAUCAUAAUUUUUUUCUUGCGACCUUCAUAAACAAUAGUUAGUAAUUCUACCAUCCGAAAACGGGUCCAUUCUGCUGCGUGAAAGCAGCAUGUUGAUAACAAAAACAGCACUCUGUUCAUUAUUAGCUCUUGUAUUCUGUGUAAAGUGGUGUUUUUAGGUAUGAGAAAAAUCGCACUUGAUGACAAGUUCACUUUUACAUUCUGAACCCAGUGGAUGGAAAGUCCUAUAUUUUCGACCAUUUAAAAUUGGGUUCUGUACAGAUAACGUUUUAUUGCUCAGCCUCAAUUCACACUUAAAAAAUAAAAAAUAAACGUGUGCUUUGUUCGACUCCAACGACCACUGCGAGUUAUCGAAGUGGCGGUGUAAUGACAUUUCUUCAGUGUUAAUCCUCUGUUAUAAUUGCAUAGAUUUACAACAGUGAUUUAAUAAACAAUCAAUGAAGUAUAAACUCAUACACAUAAUAUUCAAUCGAUUCAAACGAUGGAGUAUGUGAAACAGAAAAAUAAUAAAACGUUCUUUGUGUAUAGGAGUGAAGCCGUAUGGUUGCACCAUGUGUGACAAGAGGUUUUAUCAGCGCCACCACCUGGCGAGACACAGCGUCACACACAUGGGUAUGGUUCUGCUCACCGUACUCCUGUCAUUAAAGGGAUAGUUCACCCAAAUUACAAAAUGUAAUUGGUUUCCUUACCCUGUAAGCAGUCUAUGGACAAGGUAUGACAGCAGUACAUGCUUUGGUUUAAUUUCCCUGGCACUGUGUCCAAAUGCUGAAGUUUUAGCAUUUGUGGCACAAAUCACAUUCAAGUCAUUGUACCGAUAUUAGCAUUUUUCACGCAUCAUGUUCAAAUCAUCGAAGUGACUUUGACCUUCACAAUACAUUUUUCAUACUUUUGGGUGAUUUGGACAUGAUGCGCGAAAAAUGCUAAUAUCAGGUACAUGACUUGAAUGGGAUUUGUGCUAUAAAUGCUAAAACAGUAGCAUUUGGAAACCGUGCCAGGGAAAUAAAACCAAAGCAUGGAUUGCUGCUUUACCUUGUCCAUCGACCGCUUACAGGGUACGGAAACCAAUGUCAUUUAGCAAUUUGGGUGAACCAUCCCUUAAAGAUCAGGACACAGUAUCAAAGUUGGCAUCAGGACGCCAACCCUGGUAUACAGGGUUGGCGGGAUUUAUAAGCUAGUCAUGGCCAAAGAAAUGUAUAGGUGAAAUAUAUUAUUUUGUAAUUUAGGUUUGAUACCCCCAAAGUCUACAAUGUAAUUACCCUUGAGAAUGAAGCUAAUAUUACCACCAGAUGACAUCAGCUCAUGUGAUGUGUGCAAAAUUAAUUGCCAAGAAAUUGGCUAAAUAACAACUACAGUGGGGAAAAAAAGUAUUUAGUCAGCCACCAAUUGUGCAAGUUCUCCCACUUAAAAAGAUGAGAGAGGCCUGUAAUUUUCAUCAUAGGUACACGUCAACUAUGACAGACAAAUUGAGAUUUUUUUUCCCAGAAAAUCACAUUGUAGGAUUUUUAAUGAAUUUAUUUGUAAAUUAUGGUGGAAAAUAAGUAUUUGGUCACCUAGAAACAAGCAAGAUUUCUGGCUCUCACAGACCUGUAACUUCUUCUUUAAGAGGCUCCUCUGUCCUCCACUCGUAACCUGUAUUAAUGGCACCUGUUUGAACUUGUUAUCAGUAUAAAAGACACCUGUCCACAACCUCAAACAGUCACACUCCAAACUCCACUAUGGCCAAGACCAAAGAGCUGUCAAAGGACACCAGAAACAAAAUUGUAGACCUGCACCAGGCUGGGAAGACUGAAUCUGCAAUAGGUAAGCAGCUUGGUUUGAAGAAAUAAACUGUGGGAGCAAUUAUUAGGAAAUGGAAGACAUACAAGACCACUGAUAAUCUCCCUCGAUCUGGGGCUCCACGCAAGAUCUCACCCCGUGGGGUCAAAAUGAUCACAAGAACGGUGAGCAAAAAUCCCAGAACCACACGGGGGGACCUAGUGAAUGACCUGCAGAGAGCUGGGACCAAAGUAACAAAGCCUACCAUCAGUAACACACUACGCCGCCAGGGACUCAAAUCCUGCAGUGCAAGACGUGUCCCCCUGCUUAAGCCAGUACAUGUCCAGGCCCGUCUGAAGUUUGCUAGAGUGCAUUUGGAUGAUCCAGAAGAGGAUUGGGAGAAUGUCAUAUGGUCAGAUGAAACCAAAAUAGAACUUUUUGGUAAAAACUCAACUCGUCGUGUUUGGAGGACAAAGAAUGCUGAGUUGCAUCCAAAGAACACCAUACCUACUGUGAAGCAUGGGGUUGGAAACAUCAUGCUUUGGGGCUGUUUUUCUGCAAAGGGACCAGGACGACUGAUCCGUGUAAAGGAAAGAAUGAAUGGGGCCAUGUAUCGUGAGAUUUUGAGUGAAAACCUCCUUCCAUCAGCAAGGGCAUUGAAGAUGAAACGUGGCUGGGUCUUUCAGCAUGACAAUGAUCCCAAACACACCGCCCGGGCAACGAAGGAGUGGCUUCGUAAGAAGCAUUUCAAGGUCCUGGAGUGGCCUAGCCAGUCUCCAGAUCUCAACCCCAUAGAAAAUCUUUGGAGGGAGUUGAAAGUCUGUGUUGCCCAGCGACAGCCCCAAAACAUCACUGCUCUAGAGGAGAUCUGCAUGGAGGAAUGGGCCAAAAUACCAGCAACAGUGUGUGAAGACUUACAGAAAACGUUUGACCUGUGUCAUUGCCAACAAAGGGUAUAUAACAAAGUAUUGAGAAACUUUUGUUAUUGACCAAAUACUUAUUUUCCACCAUAAUUUGCAAAUAAAUUCAUAAAAAAUCCUACAAUGUGAUUUUCUGGAUUUUUUUUUCUCAUUUUGUCUGUCAUAGUUGACGUGUACCUAUGAUGAAAAUUACAGGCCUCUCUCAUCUUUUUAAGUGGGAGAACUUGCACAAUUGGUGGCUGACUAAAUACUUUUUUCCCCCACUGUACAUUGACCACUCCGUAACUCAUGCAUCAAUAAGAUUAAAAACUAACAGUUGUGAAGAUGUCUAUCAAACAUUUUUGUAUUUUCAAACCAGACAGUUAUGAUAAUUGCUAUUGGAAUGGAUGUUAUUGGAACCUGCAGCAACGGUUAAAGAUGUCUACAAUCUGAAAACAUCCAAUCCUGCUCAGUAUUGCCAACUUUGCCACUUUGCACUAGUCACUAGAUCUAGCAACGAUUUGGAUCCCCCUCCCCCCUAUUAUUUUUGCCCCCUGAAUGUGACUGAGUCAGGACAAAUUCAGCAAUAUUUAAAGCAUUCUCAGAGCGUUUGCCUCAGAGUUUUCUGAAAUUUGCGACAGCCUAUGUGAUCAUCACAUGCCUUGAAAAUCUGUCAUCUAACAACUUCUAGUGACAAAUUGUGUAGACAAUAGCUUUUUCCCCCCAAAAAAAGUUGGCAACACCGGUCCUGUUGCGUGAAGGCAGAAUGUUGAUAAUAACAGAACUUAGUGCAUAUUGUCAGUCCUACUGUUUUUGUGCCUAAAGUUUAUGGUAAACCUAAUAUUGGAAGACUUCAAUAUGGAGUGUGAGGCAUUACAGUAAUGUAUUGAUGCUCUUGUGUGUGUAUAGGGGUGAAGCCGUACGGUUGUACCAUGUGUGACAAGAGGUUUUACCAGCGUUACCUCCUGGCAAGACACAGCCUCACUCAUUUGGGUAUGGGUCCGCUCACCGUACCCACCUUACCCAAGAUCAGGCUACACCUGAACCCCAGUAUACAGGGUUGGCAGAAUUGAUAUGCUAGUCUUGCUCAAAUAAAUGUAUACAGUGCCUUCAAAGUAUUCAUACCCCUUGAAUUAUUCCACAUUUUGUGUAACAGCCUGAAUUCAAAAUGUAUAGAUUUUUUUUUUCUUCUUCUUGCCCAUCUACACAUAAUACCCCAUAAUGACAAAGUGAAAACAUGUUUGUAGAAAUGUAUGCACAUUUAUUCAAAAUAAAAUACAGAAAUAUCUCAUUUACAUAAGUAUUCACAACCCUGAGUCAAUACUUUGUAGAAGCACCUUUGGCAGCAAUUACAGCUGUGAGUCUUUCUGGGCAAGUCUGAGCUUUCCACACCUGAAUUGUGCAACAUUUGUCCAUUUAUUAUUUUAAAAUUUUUAUUGAUCAUUGCUAGACAAUCAUUUUCAGGUCUUGCCAUAGAUUUUUCAAGUAUAUUUAAUUCAAAACUGUAACUCUGCCACUCAGGAAAAUACACUUUCUUAUUGGAUUUCAGCUCCUGUGUAGAUUUGGCCUUGUGUUUUUAGGUUAUUGUCCUGCUGAAAAGUGAAUUAAUCUCCCAGUGUCUGGUGGAAAGGAGACUGAACCAAGUUUUCCUCUAGGAUUUUGCCUGCGCUUAGCUCCAUUCCGUUUCUUUUCUAUCCUGAAAAACUCCAAGGCCCUUAACUAUUACAAGCAUACCCAUAACAUGAUGCAGCCACCACUAUGAUUUGAAAAUAUGGAAAGUGGUACUCAGUAAUAUGUUUGGGGCAAAUCCAAUACAACACUUUGUAUUCAGGACAGAAAGUGAAUUGCUUUGCCACAUUUAUUGCAGUAUUACUUUAGUGCCUUGUUGCAAACAGGAUGCAUUUUUUGGAGCAUUUGUAUUCUGUACAGGCUUCCUUUUCACUCUGUCAAUUAGGUUAGUAUUGUGGAGGACAAUGUUGAUCCGUCCUCAGUUUUCACCUAUCACAGCCAUUAAACUCUAACUGUUUUAAAGUCACCAUUGGCCUCACGGUGAAAUCCCUGAGCGGUUUCCUUCCUCUCCGGCAGCGGAGUUAGGAAGGACGCCUGUAUCUUUGUUGUGACUGGGUGCAUUGUUUGUUUAUUUAUGUAUGUUUGUAUGUAUGUGUGGUAUUGUAUAUUUUUAUAUACAGUACCAGUCAAAAGUACAUACAUACAUAAACUCAGCAAAAAAAGAAACGUCCUCACUGUCAACUGCGUUUAUUUUCUGUCAACUGCGUUUAUUUUCAGCAAACUUAACGUGUAAAUAUUUGUAUGAACAUAAUUCAACAACUGAGCCAUAAACUGAACAAGUUCCACAGACAUGUGACUAACAGAAAUUAAUUAUAAUAUGUCCCUGAACAAAAGUAACAGUCAGUAUCUGGUGUGGCCACCAGCUGCAUUAAGUACUGCAGUGCAUCUCCUCCUCAUGGACUGCACCAGAUUUGCCAGUUCUUGCUGUGAGAUGUGACCCCACCAAGGCACCUGCAAGUUCCUGGACAUUUCUGGGGGGAAUGGCACUAGCCCUCACCCUCCGAUCCAACAGGUCCCAGACGUGCUCAAUGGGAUUGAGAUCCGGGCUCUUCGCUGGCCAUGGCAGAACACUGACAUUCCUGUCUUGCAGGAAAUCACGCACAGAACGAGCAGUAAGGCUGGUGGCAUUGUCAUGCUGGAGGGUCAUGUCAGGAUGAGCCUGCAGGAAGUGUACCACAUGAGGGAGGAGGAUGUCUUCCCUGUAACGCACAGCGUUGAGAUUGCCUGCAAUGACAACAAGCUAUGCCCGAUGAUGCUGUGACACACCGCCCCAGACCAUGACGGACCCUCCACUUCCAAAUCGAUCCUGCUCCAGAGUACAGGCCUCGGUGUAACGCUCAUUCCUUCGAAGAUAAACGCGAAUCCAACCAUCACCCCUGGUGAGACAAAACCGCGACUCGUCAGUGAAGAGCACUUUUUGCCAGUCCUGUCUGGUCUGGCGACGGUGGGUUUGUGCCCAUAGGCGAUGUUGUUGCCAGUGAUGUCUGGUGAGGACCUGCCUUACAACAGGCCUUCAAGCCCUCAGUCCAGCCUCUCUCAGCCUAUUGCGGACAGUCUGAGCACUGAUGGAGGGAUUGUGCGUUCCUGGUGUAACUCGGGCAGUUGUUGUUGCCAUCCUGUACCUGUCCCGCAGGUGUGAUGCUUGGAUGUACCGAUCCUGUGCAGAUGUUACACAUAGUCUGCCACUGCGAGGACGAUCAGCUGUCCGUCCUGUCUCCCUGUAGUGCUGUCUUAGGCGUCUUACAGUAUGGACAUUGCAAUUUAUUGUCCUUGCCACAUCAGCAGUCCUCAUGCCUCCUUGCAGCAUGCCUAAGGCACGUUCACGCAGAUGAGCAGGGACCCUGGGCAUCUUUCUUUUGGUGUUUUUCAGAGUCAGUAGAAAGGCCUCUUUAGUGUCCUAAGUUUUCAUAACUGUGACCUUAAUUGCCUACCGUCUGUAAGCUGUUAGUGUCUUAACGACCGUCCCACAGGUGCAUGUUCAUUAAUUGUUUAUGGUUAAUUGAACAAGCAUGGGAAACCGUUUUUAAACCCUUUACAAUGAAGAUCUGUGAAGUUAUUUGGAUUUUUACGAAUAUCUUUGAAAGACCGGGUCCUGAAAAAGGGAUGUUUCUUUUUUUGCUGAGUUUACAUGCAUGCAUACAUACAUACAUACAUACAUACAUACAUACAUACAUACAUACAUACAUACAUACAUACAUACAUACAUACAUACAUACAUACAUACAUACAUACAUACAUACAUACAUACAUACAUACAUACAUACAGUACCAGUCAAAAGUUUGGACACACAUUCCAGGGUUUUUCUUUAUUUUUACUAUUUUCCUUGAUGACAGCUUUGCACACUCUUGGCAUUCUCUCAACCAGCUUCAUCUGGAAAGCUUUUCCAACAGUCUUGAAGGAGUUCCCACAUAUGCUGAGCACUUGUUGGCUGCUUUUCCUUCACUCUGCGGUCCGACUCAUCCCAAACCAUCUCAAUUGGGUUGAGGUCGGGGGAUUGUGGAGGCCAGGUCAUCUGAUGCAGCACUCCAUCACUCUCCUUCUUGGUAAAAUAGCCCUUACACAGCCUGGAAGUGUGUUGGGUCAUUGUCCUGUUGAAAAACCAAUGAUAGUCCCACUAAGCCCAAACCAGAUGGGAUGGCGUAUCGCUGCAGAAUGCUGUGUUAGCCAUGCUGGUUAAGUGUGCCUUGAAUUCUAAAUAAAUCACAGUGUCACCAACAAAGCACCCCCACACCAUCACACCUCCUCCAUGCUUUACGGUGGAAAUACACAUGCAGAGAUCAUCCGUUCACCCACACCGCGUCUCACAAAGACACGGCGUUUGGAACAAAAAAUCUCCAAUUUGGACUCCAGACCAAAGGACAAAUUUCCACCGGUCUAAUGUCCAUUGCUCGUGUUUCUUGGCCCAAGCAGGUCUCUUCUUCUUAUUGGUGUCCUUUAGUAGUAGUUUCUUUGCAGCAAUUUCGACCAUGAAUGCCUGAUUCACGCAGUCUCCUCUGAACAGUUGAUGUUUGGAUGUGUCUGUUACUUAAACUCUGUGAAGCAUUUAUUUGGGCUGCAAUUUCUGAGGCUGGUAACUCUAAUGAACUUAUCCUCUGCAGCAGAGGUAACUCUGGGUCUUCCUUUCCUGUGGCGGUCCUCAUGAGAGCCAGUUUCAUCAUAGCGCUUGAUGGUUUUUGUGACUGCACUUGAAGAAGAAACUUUCAAAGUUUUUGAAAUUUUCAGAAUUGACUGACCUUCAUGUCUUAAAGUAAUGAUGGACUGUCGUUUCUCUUUGCUUAUUUGAGCUGUUCUUCUGUAUACCAACCCUACCUUGUCACAACACAACUGAUUUGCUCAAACACAUUAAGAAGGAAAGAAAUUCCACAAAUUAACUUUUACAAGGCACACCUGUAAAUUGAAAUGCGUUCUAGGUGACUAUCUCAUGAAGCUGGUUGAGAGAAUGCCAAGAGUGUGCAAAGCUGUCAUCAAGGCAAAGGGUGGCUAAUUUGAAGAAUCUCAAAUAUAAAAUAUAUUUUGAUUUAACACUUUUUUUGGUUACUACAUUAAUAUGCCAUUUAGCAGAUGCUUUUAUCCAAAGCGACUUAGUCAUGCGUGCAUACAUUUUUGUGUAUGGGUGGUCCCGGGGAUCGAACCCACUACCUUGGCGUUACAAGCGCCGUGCUCUACCAGCUGAGCUACAGAGGACCAUGUACAUGAUUCCAUAUGUGGUAUUUCAUAGUUUUGAUGUCUUCACUAUUAAUCUACAAUGUAGAAAAUAGUACAAAAUUAUGAAAAACCCUGGAAUGAGUAGGUGUCAACGUUUGACUGGUACUGUGUGUGUGUGUGUGUGUGUGUGUAUAUAUGUAACGCUAAGGUAGUGGGUUCGAUAUAUAUAUAUAUAUAUACUGCUCAAAAAAAUAAAGGGAACACUUAAACAACACAUCCUAGAUCUGAAUGAAUGAAAUAAUCUUAUUAAAUACUUUUUUUCUUUACAUAGUUGAAUGUGCUGACAACAAAAUCACACAAAUUAUCAAUGGAAAUCAAAUGUAUAAACCCAUGGAGGUCUGGAUUUGGAGUCACCCUCAAAAUUAAAGUGGAAAACCACACUACAGGCUGAUCCAACUUUGAUGUAAUGUCCUUAAAACAAGUCAAAAUGAGGCUCAGUAGUGUGUGUGUGGCCUUCACGUGCCUGUAUGACCUCCCUACAACGCCUGGGCAUGCUCCUGAUGAGGUGGCGGAUGGUCUCCAGAGGGAUCUCCUCCCAGACCUGGACUAAAGCAUCCGCCAACUCCUGGACAGUCUGUGGUGCAACGUGACGUUGGUGGAUGGAGCGAGACAUGAUGUCCCAGAUGUGCUCAAUUGGAUUCAGGUCUGGGGAACGGGCGGGCCAGUCCAUAGCAUCAAUGCCUUCCUCUUGCAGGAACUGCUGACACACUCCAGCCACAUGAGGUCUAGCAUUGUCUUGCAUCCGCACCAGCAUAUGGUCUCACAAGGGGUCUGAGGAUCUCAUCUCGGUACCUAAUGGCAGUCAGGCUACCUCUGGUGAGCACAUGGAGGGCUGUGCGGCCCCCCAAAGAAAUGCCACCCCACACCAUGACUGACCCACCGCCAAACCGGUCAUGCUGGAGGAUGUUGCAGGCAGCAGAACGUUCUCCACGGCGUCUCCAGACUCUGUCACGUCUGUCACAUGUGCUCAGUGUGAACCUGCUUUCAUCUGUGAAGAGCACAGGGCGCCAGUGGCGAAUUUGCCAAUCUUGGUGUUCUCUGGCAAAUGUCAAACGUCUUGCACGGUGUUGGGCUGUAAGCACAACCCCCACCUGUGGACGUCGGGCCCUCAUACCACCCUCAUGGAGUCUGUUUCUGACCGUUUGAGCAGACACAUGCACAUUUGUGGCCUGCUGGAGGUCAUUUUGCAGGGCUCUGGCAGUGGUCCUCCUGCUCCUCCUUGCACAAAGGCGGAGGUAGCGGUCCUGCUGCUGGGUUGUUGCCCUCCUACGGCCUCCUCCACGUCUCCUGAUGUACUGGCCUGUCUCCUGGUAGCGCCUCCAUGCUCUGGACACUACGCUGACAGACACAGCAAACCUUCUUGCCACAGCUCGCAUUGAUGUGCCAUCCUGGAUGAGCUGCACUACCUGAGCCACUACCUGUAGACUCCGUCUCAUGCUACCACUAGAGUGAAAGCACCGCCAGCAUUCAAAAGUGACCAAAACCUCAGCCAGGAAGCAUAGGAACUGAGAAGUGGUCUGUGGUCACCACCUGCAGAACCACUUCUUUAUUGGGGGUGUCUUGCUAAUUGCCUAUAAUUUCCACCUGUUGUCUAUUCCAUUUGCACAACAGCAUGUGACAUUUAUUGUCAAUCAGUGUUGCUUCCUAAGUGGACAGUUUGAUUUCACAGAAGUGUGAUUGACUUGGAGUUACAUUGUUGUUUAAGUGUUCCCUUUAUUUUUUUGAGCAGUGUAUAUAUCUACCAAUAGGUGCCCUUCUUUGCGAAGCAUUGGAAAACCUCCCUGGUCUUUGUGGUUGAAUCUGUUUUGAAAUUCACUGCUCGGCUGGGGGGCCUUACAAUUAUCUGUAUGUGUGGGGUACAGAGAUGAGGUAGUCAUUCAAAGAUCAUGUUAAACACUAUUACAUUUAAGUCAUUUAGCAGAUGCUCUUAUCCAGAGCGACCUACAAAUUGCAUGCAACUUAUGUGACUUAAGCAAAUUGUUACUCCUGAACUUAUUUAGGCUUGAUAUAACAAAGGGUUAAAUACUUAGUGACUCAAGACAUUUCAACUUAAUUUUUAAUUUGUAGAAGCUUUAAAAAAAAAAACAUUGAGGUAUUGUGUGUAGGCCGGUGAUGACACAUUUCAAUUUAAUCCAUUUUAAAUUCAGGCUGCAACACAUCAAAAUGUGGAGAAAGUCAAGGUGUGUGAAUACUUUCUGAAUGCACUGUAUGUGAAAUAUGUUCUUUACAUGUUAGGUUUGAUACCCCAAAAAGUAAAUCAUGUAAUUUCACUUAAGGAUGGGAAAGGCUAGUUUUACUACCAGAUUACAUCCGCUCAUGAGAUGUGUGGUGGAUCUAAGCAUUUAAAAAAAGGUAUAAAUCUUAAUUGUCAAAAACAUUAUGACACUGAACACUCAGGAACUCAUGCCUCCUAAGUUUCAAAUUGGAAUAACUCCCAGUUGUGGAGAUGUCUUCCAAAAUUGUGUGUGUAUUUUAAACCAGACAGUUAUGAUGUGUUAGUGUAAUGGCUGUUAUUGGAAGCUGCAGAAACGGUUAAAGAUGUCUACAAUCUGAAAACACCUAAUCCUGCUCAGUGUUGCCAACUUGGCGACGUUGCACUAGUCAUUAGAUCUUAUUGAGUCCCCCUCUCAUUUUCCCCCUAAAAGUGACUAAGGUAAAUUCAGCAUUAUUUAAGGAUUUCUCCAUUUUCUUAUUUUUUAUCUGAGUUUUUCAAAAUUAAGUGACUUGCCUGCAGUGAUUUGGCCUAGUCAGAACAGCAGCUUACACACUCACUGUGCUGAUGAUGAUCACAUGCAUUACAAAUGUGUGUUGUGACGUUAUCAUGGAAAUCAAUUGUCUACUUUAUGUACAAUUUUAGUGACAUUGUGCUACCAAUAGCUGGUUUCUUACCUCACGAAAAGUUGGCACCACCAGUCCUGUUGCGUAAAGGCAAAAUGUUGAUAACAGCACUUGGUGCAUAUUGUCUGUUGUGCUCUAUUUGUCUGAACUUUAUCGUAAACCUAAUAGUGAAAGACUAACAAGAGGCACAAAGUAACGUAUUGAUGCCCUUGUGUGUGUAUAGGGGUGAAGCCAUAUGGUUGCACCAUGUGUGACAAGAGGUUUUACCAGCGAUACCACCUCUCAAGACACAGCCUCACUCAUUUGGGUAGGGGUCCGCUCACCGUACCCACUGUACCCAAGAUCAGGCCACACAUCAACCCUUGUAUACAGGGUUAG